AGGAUUUUUUUUUUUUUUUACCUGAACAAGGUGAUGAGGAGUUUCUCCAUCUGCACCACCUGCCUCCUGAGUGUCCUUCAGGCCAUAAUCAUCAGCCCCAGAAGCUCUCGGUUUAACCAUAAAUAUAUAUCAUUUUCACCUGCCAUUUCUUCUUUUCACAUUUUCUCAGGUUUUUUUUUUCACACCAGCCUCUCCCCAAGACCUUCCCCAGAGAAAAGUGCCACUCAGACCAUCCUGCUGCUGGUGAGUUUCUUUGUGGUCAUCUACUGGGUCGAUUUCAUCAUCUCAUGCACCUUAACCUUGCUAUGGGCAUAUGACCCUGUUGUCCUGGGUGUCCAGAGGCUUGUGGGCAACGUAUACUGCCACUGUCAGUCUUUUGGUGCUACUCAGAUCUGAUAAAAGGAUAAUCAGUGUGACACAAACUGUGAGACAGAAGCUUAACAAGUUAUUUUUAUUGAA